AAGGCAGCAAAACAAUUCAGUUCUCAAUCAGAAGCAAUUACUUACCCAAAAUCUUACAAGAUUAAGUUUGAGAAGCAAGAUGAAAGUUGUGUAUUUCCUCGUGGCCAUCUUGGCUUUGACAUCUUCUGUUGCCUUUGCCUACGACCCCAGCCCCCUGCAAGAUUUUUGUGUGGCAUUAAAUGACACCAAGAAUGCUGUAUUUGUGAACGGGAAAUUCUGCAAAGAUCCCAAGCUUGUGAAAGCAGAAGAUUUCUUCACACAUGUGGAGGCUGGUAAUACCUCGAUGUUUUACCUAUACCCGUUGUUUGUCCUUCUUGCUUUUUGACUUCCCGUUUGUUCU